GGAGGAGCGUGCUGGAGCGCGAGACAGUCAAAUACUGAUGUCUGCACGCACUUCAGGCAUAAUGUUGCGUCACGAGUACUACAGAGAUGGAAACACGCAGUUAUAGAGUAACAAAAUAUUCACAAGUCUCUUAAUGAAUUAGACAAUAUUACAGACGGUCUGGCAAAUAGUUUGGUCUAAAUAAAAGUUAAUUAUAAUUGUAGGCUAUUGUAAGAGAGGAAAAAAAGAAGGAGAAAAAUUAAACUUAGGCUACUAUUUUAUAAUAUAUUUAGCUCGCAUUAUACUUGAGACCUAUUUAUUUUUUCCUCAAUGGAUAAGUCGAGGAACUUCCGAAUAGAUGCGCUCUUGUCGGAGAGCUCCCAGCGGAUAGUUCGCGAGGAUUCCCCGGGACUGUGCAUCGACGGCACCGACAUCGAGUCUGCGACAUGCAAAAGGACAGAGAACUCUCCUCCUCGCGCUUUUCAGCUUCAGACAGGGGUCAUGGCCAAACCAGGCAUGCUGAGCAUUUGUCACCCAGGAUUAACGUCACUUUCCCAGGGGCCUAUGUCAGGAAUGUAUCCCUCAUCUAUGUACUCCAUCACGGCACUUGGAGCUCAGCAUCCCACCUUCGCGUAUUCAGGCUUCCCGCAGCCGUACCCGGAGCACCUGAAAGCAGUCGUUGCCGGUUCGUUUCCGUUAGAGCACUGGCUCCGGGCUGGACUCAUAAUGCCUCGCCUCGCAGACUACAGCGGGGCACCUCAGUCUGGUUUAAUCGGAAAGUGCCGGAGACCACGCACAGCCUUCACCAGCCAACAACUGCUAGAGCUGGAAAAUCAGUUCAAACUCAACAAGUACCUAUCACGACCCAAACGCUUUGAGGUGGCCACUUCUCUCAUGUUGACUGAGACACAGGUAAAGAUUUGGUUCCAGAAUCGACGGAUGAAGUGGAAGCGCAGCCGUAAAGCUAAAGAGCAGGCUGCGCAGAUGGAAACAGAUGGCUGUAAGUCAGACAAGAGAGAAAACAAGCCCAAAGACCUCAGUCGCUGCGGUGCACAUGAUGACGACGAGGAUCUGGACGGUGAGGAGGAAGAUGAAGAAGAAGAAGAGGAAGAGUUCAGAAAAUCGAUUAACGCAGGUGUGGGUCUACCUCACCCAUCUAACUUCCUACAGCACAGCUCCGCGCUGAGCUACAGCUCUCAUGGCUCUUACUCUGAUGACGACCUGGAAGAGAUCGGAGGAGAGCGAAAGAUCAGGCUCGGGUUAUGAAGAACUAAUGGCAUGCUGUAGUCUGCAUGUCCAUGAACUGGACAGGUUUAAAAUCCAACACCUCAAGACUGAAAGCUGUUGAUGUCAAAACUAUCGCUUAGACCUGAUGAGUUCAUUGUCAAUGACGUUUAUAGACAAAACAUUUUUAAAUAAGUCUUCCGGUUUAUUUGCACUUUUUUUUUUCUUGAAGGCUGCUUGUAAACUGCAAAUGUACACUAUUUCAAGCUGAUGUUUUUCUUAUGUGAUCAAAAUCUUUACUAUAUGCUAACAUGGACAUUUUGGUUGAAAAAAGCUGUUGAACCAAAUGAAGACGGCUUUGUACUGAACAUCACAUGCUGACACUUGUGCUCUUCAUUGGUCUCUUGAACACAGUAUGUUUAAUAGUGUGUAGUCAAGAGUGGAUGCUGAAGAACAGAUGAUUGUCCAGAGGUCAUCAAUGUCAGUUUUCUUCCAGUAACCAUUGACUGGAACACUGAGGAACUGGUCAAUCCUCUGCAAAUAUUGAACACGGGCAAACUGUGAACGGUGCAUUAGUUAGUCCAUUAGUUCAUGUCAUGUUGUUGGUGUCUUUAAUGUUAUUUAACUGUUAUAGAUUAUAUCUAAUUUAUUCAGCUGAUAUCAGGACUCAGUUUGAAGGAUGUGUGACCUUCAAAGAUUGCUGGUGAAAUAUGUACUUGGUGACAAAAAGGAAAUAAACAAAAUCGAAGAUG